AUGGCCGGGAACGUGCCACUGCAAGAACUCAGACGCCGUCGCAGGGUCGUCACCUGUCCGGCAUGUCGCCAGACCGCCCUCACGGUGCGCAUCCGCGAGCCGUAUCGGAAAGUCGAUAUGUUCAUGAUGAUCUAUCUCGGCAUCUUGCUCUUUCCCAUAUAUGAGCACUUCCGUGGCCCAGGCGGCGCCUGGGUGACACAUUACUGCUCGCGCUGCGGCCUACGGCUCGUCGUCUACCUCUCCGGACCACGGGGUCACUAUAUCCACGCCAAGGAGGCGACGCUGCAGCCGCUCCCUUCAAGUAACCACAAUACAACAGAUAUGAGGCAGCAUCGAGAGCCGAAAAGCGAACGUUCCGGCGUCCGGUAUUGUCCAUCCCCAUUAGGUCCGCCCGGCCCGGUAGACAAAUCGUUGAUCGCGAAUCACACCCACCGCUACCAACAUCUUCGAAGCUCGACGACACUCCACGUUGAUCCAGACUCUACGGACGGCAUUCCCAGUGCGGUGUGGAACGCAGCGAGGACCCAGAAGCUGCAUCGCAUCGACCGCCUGAACGCCUUCGAGCCCAACGGCGCCUUCCACGCGCGGUUCCUCUGGCCAGGCAAAUUCGACGCGUCCGAGCUCAUCCCGCGGCGCUGGGCCUUUGCCAACUCGUGCCUCUCCGUGGUCGACGCCCGUACCAGUCGAUGUGUCGGUGCGGGCCAGCUCACGCAACAGUCGUGGGACACCGUCAUAUACCUCCCACGGCAGGACAGCAACAACCCGUCACCGGCCUCGACCCCGCCGUUUCUGUCGUAUGACUGUAAAGUUGGCCAAGACAGACAAGUUUUCUCCCGUCAGUGCCCACAGUUCUUCGUGCCCGGCCCGCAGGGCAGCAGCAGCACCCUGCUCUGGACAGUCCGCCGCAUCAUCACGGCCGACGACGUCGAGGAAGGCCGACCAGGAGGCGCGACGACAGCGCGCCCCAAGCCCAUAGCGCGGUUCGUCCUGCUGGACGGCUACGACCGCCUCAUAGCCGCAAAUGACGGGGCAUGGAGCACGAGGAAGAGCUCUGGCGCGGGCUCGGGGACGCGACGCGACGUGCUGCGCGUGUAUGCCCCGGCAGACGACGACGGCGAUGCACUGGUGGGCGCGGUGGUGACGAGCUAUGCGGUGCUGUGCGCGCAGCUGGUGCGGAGGAUGCAGUGGAACGACAUCCUCAAGAAUGAGGACUAG